UUUCAGCCAAAAGCCAAGAAGACAAAGGGAAAGAAGGUGGCCCCAGCCCCUUAUGCAGCAAAGACUGCUGCACCAAAGAAAGUGGUUAACCCACUCUUUGAGAAGCGACCCAAGAACUUUGGUAUUGGCCAAGACAUCCAACCAAAACGUGACUUGACGCGUUUUGUGAGGUGGCCAAAGUAUGUACGUCUGCAGAGGCAGAAGGCUGUCCUGUACCAACGUCUGAAGGUUCCACCUAGCAUCAAUCAGUUUUCUCAAGCACUUGACCGACAGACAGCUACUCAACUUUUCCGUCUUCUGAACAAGUACCGACCUGAAAACAAGGAGGAGAAGAAAGCCCGCCUCCGUGACCGUGCAGAGAAGACAGCUAAAGGCGAGGAAAGUGCCCCAACAAAGCGUCCACCUGUUGUACGUCAAGGUAUAAACACCGUCACCUGCUUGAUUGAAUCCAAGAAGGCUCAGCUGGUGGUCAUCGCUCAUGAUGUUGAACCACUGGAGAUUGUGAUGUGGCUUCCAGCCCUCUGCCGUAAGAUGGGUGUCCCAUACUGCAUUGUAAAAGGCAAAGCCCGCCUGGGACAGGUUGUUCACAGGAAGACCUGUACCUGCCUAGCUUUCACCCAAGUCAACAGUGAGGACAAGGGCUCCCUCAACAAGCUCAUUGAUGCUGUCCGAACCAACUACAAUGACAGAGGAGAUGAGAUCCGUCGCCACUGGGGAGGUGGACAUGUUGGAAAGAAGAGUCAAGCAAAGAUAGACAAAUUUGAACGACUCAAGGCAAAGGAACUUGCUAGCAAAGUUUAAAAGAGAAUAAAAAUACUGUAAUGCUCGCCAACAUAAAUCAUCUUUUUGCUCUGUAAAAAUAAAAUUAAAAAGAGAAAGAAGUCA